AUGAGAUAGAUAUACGACCGUGCAAUGCCAUCUCAGAUUCUCCUGGAACAUUCCGGUGCCGCACCAACAUCUCAAUGUGCCGGGAGGGCUGGCGGGGUCCUAACUAUGGCAUCACCAGCUUUGACAACAUUGGCUUUGCUAUGCUGACUGUGUUCCAGUGCAUCACCAUGGAGGGCUGGACCAAUGUCAUGUACUAUACAAAUGAUGCCUUAGGAAACUGGCUCAACAUAUUUUAUUUCAUACCCCUGAUAAUCUUAGGGUCCUUCUUCAUGCUAAAUCUAGUUUUGGGUGUGCUUAGUGGAGAAUUUGCAAAAGAGAGAGAGAGAGUAGAAAAUCGCAGAGCUUUCUUCAAACUUCGCAGGCAGCAGCAGAUUGAGAGGGAGCUCAACGGUUAUCUGGAGUGGAUUUGUAAAGCAGAGGAGGUGAUAUUAAGUGAGGAGAGGACAACAGAUGAGGAGAAACUCAAGAUUAUUGAAGCUCGCAGACAGGCAGCCGCCAGAAAAAUGAAACAGCUGAAAGGGGAUGACGUGGACAUUGACAACGAACAUAAUGAUGACGAUAUCCUGGCAGCAAUGGGGCAAGGAAACUCACUAGCAAAAAGCCUCAAGAAGACAAAAGCAACUGGAAAAUGUGCCCCAUUCUGGCAGGCAGAGAAACGUUUCCGGUAUUCUAUACGGAGGCUGGUCAAGAGCCAGCUGUUCUAUUGGAUAGUCAUAGUUCUAGUUCUUCUCAACACAGUGACUGUAGCAUCAGAGCAUUACAACCAGCCGGAGUGGUUUGUACAGUUUUUGUAUAUAUCAGAGUAUGCGUUCCUAGGGUUGUUUAUCUUUGAGAUGUCUGUGAAGAUGUAUGCCUUGGGGGUCCGUAUAUAUUUCCAGUCGUCUUUCAACAUUUUUGACUGUGUGGUAAUUGUGGGAAGUAUAAUUGAAGUCAUCUGGUCAGAGUUUAAGAAAGGAUCCUCUUUUGGUAUUAGUGUGUUACGAGCUCUUCGCCUCCUUCGGAUAUUCAAAGUCACCAGAUACUGGUCAUCCUUGAGAAACCUGGUCAUCUCACUGUUGAGCAGUAUGAGGUCUAUCCUCAGUCUCUUGUUCCUUCUCUUCCUGUUCAUCAUCGUCUUUGCCCUGCUGGGCAUGCAGCUGUUUGGUGGAGAAAUGAACUUUGAAGAUGGACGGCCGUCAGCACAUUUUGAUACAUUCCCUAUAGCAUUGCUGACUGUGUUUCAGAUCUUGACUGGGGAGGACUGGAACGAGGUGAUGUACAAGGGCAUUGAGGCGCAUGGUGGAAUAGAGAAACAUGGCAUGUUCUUCUCUGCUUACUUUAUAGUGCUGGUACUGUUUGGUAACUUGUUCAAGUGCUUCAUAAUUAUGUCCUUAACCACAACCCCGGACACACUGCUGAAUGUGUUUUUGGCCAUCGCUGUGGACAACCUGGCAAAUGCACAAGAGUUGACUGCUGCUGAGGAAGAACAAGAGGAGGAAGAAGCGAUGGAGAAAGAGAUGGCUGAACAGUUUGCUGCUGCCCAAGGAAUGCCACCAAUGGUGAACAUCUGUCCGCCGUCUCCACAGAACAAUGAAGAGAACAAGACAGCAAACUUUAACUACAUCAAUUUCAGCACGGGCAACCGGGUUGACAUCAACCUCAGCCAGAACAACCUGAAGGACAACCGUGACAAGAAGAUCACCAUUGACAGUGUGGACACUACUGCCAAAACAACAUCAAUGACGGUCCCGCUAGCAAAGAACACGGAAGAGGACAUGUCAGACACAGCAAAAUCUGUAAAACAGACGCACACGCAAAACUCAG